AUGGCUUCAAAGACAGAAGGCAAGGCCAUUGGCAUCGACCUCGGCACCACCUACAGCUGCGUGGGAGUGUGGCAAAACGACCGCGUUGAGAUCAUAGCCAAUGACCAAGGCAACAGAACCACCCCUUCCUAUGUUGCUUUCACUGAUACAGAGCGUUUGAUCGGCGAUGCAGCCAAAAACCAGGUUGCCAUGAACCCCCAAAACACCGUUUUCGACGCCAAGAGGCUCAUCGGCCGGCGAUUCUCCGACCCAUCUGUCCAGAGCGACAUGAAGCACUGGCCUUUCAAGGUCGUUCCUGGCCCAGGCGACAAACCCAUGAUUGUCGUUCAAUACAAAGGCGAAGAGAAGCAGUUUGCAGCCGAAGAGAUAUCGUCCAUGGUGCUGACCAAGAUGAGGGAAAUUGCUGAGGCUUAUUUGGGUCAUUCAGUCAACAACGCUGUGGUCACCGUGCCUGCUUACUUCAAUGACUCGCAGAGGCAGGCUACGAAGGACGCGGGCGUUAUUGCUGGCCUGAAUGUGAUGAGAAUUAUCAAUGAGCCAACUGCUGCUGCCAUUGCUUAUGGUCUUGACAAGAAAGGGUCGAGGGCUGGUGAGAAGAAUAUUCUUAUUUUUGAUCUUGGUGGUGGUACUUUUGAUGUUUCUUUGCUCACAAUUGAGGAAGGGAUCUUUGAAGUGAAGGCCACUGCUGGGGACACUCAUCUUGGUGGUGAAGAUUUUGACAAUAGGCUUGUUAAUCACUUUGUGCAAGAGUUCAAGAGAAAGCACAAGAAGGAUAUUAGUGGCAAUGCUAGAGCUUUGAGGAGGUUGAGGACUGCGUGUGAGAGGGCGAAAAGGACUCUGUCUUCAACCGCACAGACCACAAUUGAGAUCGAUUCGCUUUAUGAAGGCAUUGAUUUCUAUUCCACAAUUACAAGAGCAAGAUUUGAAGAGUUGAACAUGGACUUGUUUAGGAAGUGUAUGGAACCUGUGGAGAAGUGUUUGAGGGAUUCAAAAAUCGAUAAGAGUCGGGUGGAUGAAGUUGUUCUGGUUGGUGGGUCGACGAGGAUUCCUAAAGUUCAGCAGCUUUUGCAAGAUUUCUUCAAUGGCAAGGAAUUGUGCAAGAGCAUAAACCCUGAUGAGGCUGUUGCUUAUGGGGCUGCUGUUCAAGCUGCAAUUUUGACUGGUGAAGGGAAUGAGAAGGUUCAAGACUUGCUGCUUCUUGAUGUCACGCCUCUCAGCCUUGGUCUUGAGACUGCUGGUGGUGUCAUGACUGUCUUGAUUCCGAGGAACACCACUAUACCUACCAAGAAGGAGCAGAUCUUCUCUACUUACUCUGACAACCAGCCGGGAGUAUUAAUUCAGGUGUAUGAAGGAGAGAGGGCUCGAACCAAGGACAACAAUCUUCUUGGAAAAUUCGAACUCACAGGCAUUCCUCCGGCCCCAAGAGGUGUUCCUCAAAUCAAUGUGUGCUUUGACAUUGAUGCAAAUGGCAUCUUAAAUGUGUCUGCUGAAGACAAGACUGCUGGAGUGAAGAACAAGAUCACUAUCACCAAUGACAAGGGAAGGCUGAGCAAGGAGGAGAUUGAGAGAUUGGUGCAGGAGGCAGAGAGGUACAAGGCUGAAGAUGAGGAGGUGAAGAAGAAGGUGGAUGCCAAGAACUCGCUUGAGAACUACGCAUACAACAUGAGGAACACUGUAAAGGAUGAGAAGAUUGCUGGAAAACUGGACCCUGCAGACAAGCAGAAGAUCGAGAAGGCCAUUGAUGAGGCGAUUGAAUGGCUUGACAGGAACCAGUUGGCUGAAGUUGAAGAAUUUGAGGACAAACAAAAGGAACUGGAGGGCUUGUGCAACCCAAUUAUUGCUAAAAUGUAUCAAGGUGCUGGUGGUGAUGUGCCAAUGGGCGGUGCUCAGAUGCCUGGUGGCGGAUUUGGCAACGCUAGCUCUGAUGGAGCAGGAGCUGGGCCUAAGAUUGAAGAGGUAGACUAA